AUGCCCGAGGCUAAACCAGCCAAAGAUGAGGCCAAACCUGCUCCUGAGGAAUCCGCUCCAGAGGAGGCCCCCCCAGCAGAGGCCCCCCCAGAGUCUCCCAAAGAGGCCCCGUCCGCGGAGCAGUCCCCCACGGCCCCAGAGCCUCCGGGGGUUUUCCUGAAGAAGCCGGAGUCUGUGUCUGUGGAGAAUGGGAAGGACGUGAUGGUCACGGCCAAGGUGAACGGGAAGGAGCUGCCCGGCAAACCCUCCAUCAAGUGGUUCAAGGGGAAGUGGCUGGAGCUGGGCAUCAAGAGCGGAGCCCGCUUCUCCUUCAAGGAGACCCACGACUCCGCCAACAACGUGUACGAGGUGGAGCUGCACAUCGGGAAGGUGGUGCUGGGGGACCGCGGGGACUACCGCCUGGAGAUCAAAGCCAAGGACUUCUGCGACAGCUGCAGCUUCAACAUCGACGUGGAGGCCACUCAGGACUCCUCGGGGCCGGUCCUGGAAGAAUUCAAGCGCACGGGUGAAGGGAAGUCGGAGGACGCGGGCGAGCUGGACUUCAGCGGGCUGCUGAAGAAGAGGGAGGUGGUGGAGCAGGAGAAGGAGAAGGAGAAGAAGAAGAAGAAGGACGAUGACGACCUGGGCAUCCCGCCCGAGAUCUGGGAGCUCCUGAAGGGGGCGAAGAAGAGCGAGUACGAGAAGAUCGCCUUCCAGUACGGCAUCACCGACCUGCGCGGCAUGCUCAAGCGGCUCAAGAAGGCCAAGGUCGAGGUCAAGAAGAGCGAAGCCUUCACCAAGAAGCUGGACCCGGCCUACCAGGUGGACCGGGGCCAGAAGAUCAAGCUGGUGGUGGAGAUCAGUGACCCCGACCUGCCCCUCAAGUGGUUCAAGAACGGCCAGGAGAUCAAGCCGGGCAGCAAGUACGUGUUCGAGAACGUGGGCAAGAAGCGGAUCCUCACCAUCAACAAGUGCACGCUGGCGGACGACGCCGCGUACGAGGUCGCCGUGGGCGACGAGAAGUGUUUCACCGAGCUCUUCGUCAGAGAACCCCCAGUGCUGAUCGUGACGCCCCUGGAGGACCAGCAGGUGUUUGUGGGCGACCGGGUGGAAAUGGCCGUGGAGGUGUCCGAGGAAGGCGCCCAGGUCAUGUGGAUGAAGGACGGCGUGGAGAUGACCAAGGAGGACUCCUACAAGGCGCGCUACCGCUUCAAGAAGGACGGCAAGCGCCACAUCCUCAUCUUCUCCGAGGUGACCCUGGAAGACGCGGGUCGGUUCAAGGUCAUGACCAACGGCGGCCAGUGCGAGGCUGACCUCAUUGUGGAAGUGAAACAGCUGGAGGUCCUGCAGGACAUCGCGGACCUGACCGUGAAGGCCUCCGAUCAGGCCGUGUUCAAGUGCGAGGUGUCUGACGACAAGGUGACGGGCAAGUGGUUCAAGAACGGCGUCGAGGUGCGGCCCAGCAAGAGGAUCAUCAUGACCCACACGGGGAGGAUUCACAAGCUGGUGAUCAAUGACGUCCGCCCGGAGGACGAGGGCGACUACACCUUCGUACCCGAUGGCUACGCCCUGUCCCUCUCCGCCAAGCUCAACUUCCUGGAAAUCAAGGUGGAGUACGUCCCCAAGCAAGAGCCCCCGAAGAUCCACCUGGACUGCACGGGGAAGACCUCGGACAACUCCAUCGUGGUUGUGGCCGGAAACAAGCUGAGGCUGGACGUGGCCAUCUCGGGGGAGCCCCGCCCCGUCGCCACCUGGAUGAAGGGGGACGAGGUGUUCACGGCCAAGGAGGGCAGGAUGCGCAUUGAGGAGCGCGUGGAGCUGGAGCGCAGCAGCCUGGUGAUCGAGAGCGCGGAGCGGGCGGACGAGGGCCGCUACACCAUCAAGGUCACCAACCCGUCCGGCGAGGACGUGGCCUCCAUCUACGUGCGGGUUGUGGACGUCCCCGACCCCCCGGAGGCUGUGCGGGUCACCUCCGUGGGGGAGGAUUGGGCCAUCCUGGUCUGGGAGCCGCCCAAGUACGACGGCGGACAGCCAGUCACUGGGUACCUCCUGGAGCGGAAGAAGAAGGGCUCCCAGCGCUGGAUGAAGCUCAACUUCGAGGUCUUCACGGACACGACCUACGAGGCCACCAAGAUGAUCGAGGGCGUCCUGUACGAGAUGCGGGUCUUCGCCGUCAACGCCAUCGGGGUGUCCCAGCCCAGCGUCAACUCCAAGCCCUUCAUGCCCAUCGCGCCCACCAGUGAGCCCCGGCACCUGACGGUGGAGGACGUGACGGACACCACCACCACCCUCAAGUGGAGGCCCCCCGACAGGAUUGGGGCGGGCGGCAUCGACGGCUACCUGGUGGAGUACUGCCUGGAGGACUCCGAGGAGUGGGUCCCCGCCAACACGGAGCCCGUGGAGCGCUGCGGCUUCACGGUGAAGGACCUCCCCACGGGAGCCAGGAUCAUCUUCCGGGUCGUGGGCGUCAACAUCGCGGGGCGCAGCGAGCCGGCCAGCCUGGCCCAGCCCGUCACCAUCCGGGAGAUCGUGGAGCAGCCCAAGAUCCGGCUCCCCCGCCACCUGCGCCAGACCUUCAUCCGCAAAGUGGGGGAGCCCAUCAACCUCGUCAUCCCCUUCCAGGGGAAGCCGCGGCCGCAGGUGGUGUGGACGAAGGGCGGGGCGCCCGUGGACGCCUCCCGCGUGAACGUGCGCACCAGCGACACGGACACCGUGUUCUUCGUGCGGCAGGCGGCGCGCUCGGACUCGGGGGAGUACGGGCUCACCGUGCAGAUCGAGAACAUGAAGGACACGGCCACCGUCCGCAUCCGGGUCGUGGAGAAGGCCGGGCCCCCGGUGAACGUGACGGUGAAGGAGGUGUGGGGCACCAACGCGCUGGUGGAGUGGCAGCCCCCUAAGGACGACGGCAACAGCGAGGUCACCGGCUACUUCAUCCAGAAAGCCGACAAGAAGACCAUGGAGUGGUUCAACGUCUACGAACACAACCGCCAAACCCACUGCACCGUGUCCGACCUCAUCGUGGGCAACGAGUACUUCUUCCGGGUUUACAGCGAGAACAUCUGCGGGCUCAGCGAGUCCCCCGGCGUCUCCAAGGACCCGGCCCGGAUCCUCAAGACGGGCAUCAGCUGGAAGCCGCCGGAGUACAAGGAGCAUGACUUCCGGAUGGCCCCCAAGUUCCUGACGCCGCUGCUGGACCGCGUGGUGGUGGCUGGGUACACCGCUGCGCUCAACUGCGCCGUCAGAGGCCACCCCAAGCCGAAGGUGGUCUGGAUGAAGAACAAGAUGGAGAUCCGAGAAGACCCCAAGUACCUGAUGACCAACUACCAGGGCAUUCUGACGCUGAACAUCCGGCGCCCCUCCCCCUUCGACGGGGGCACCUACACCUGCCUCGCGGUCAACGAGCUGGGGGAGGCGCUGGCCGAGUGCAAGCUGGAGGUCCGAGUGCCGCAGUGA